AUGGCAACCAGAUCAUUUCAUCUGCUCCUUUCUCUUCUCUUCUUCGCAGAGCUGUCCUUCUCAUGUGCUGCAUACAUGAUCAAUGCUCCGCUGUCUUCUGGCAUCUUCAGCUCAGCAUCCCCAGCCAGACUACGAGGCAUACCAAGAGCUCGAGCUCCUCCAUCGUCUCUGGCCAAUAAUCUCUUCAUGAGGAGGAAGAGGAAGGGAGAUCAGCGGAGCCGCUGGGAGACGCGCCAUGUAUCCGACUCCGUGCAUGCCCCACAGCCCGCGGUGGACGGCAUGGACGCAGGACAGACGCGGGCGGCCAAGAUUGAGGCAAUGGCAGCAAGACGACAGUCAGGGUUGAUAGUGGUGCUCGAGGACGCGUCGGAUGCUCACAACGCAGGAGCAGUGAUCCGCAGCUGCGACGCGUUCGGAGUGACGGAGAUCUGGUUCGUUCACAACGGGAUCAAGGAGGGGACGAGCAUGCGACCGUGGGUCUCUGCCCGGACAUUCAUGUCAACCAAGGAGGCGCUAGAGGAGCUGAAGGAGAUGGGAUACUCCAACGUCUGUACUUGCUUCACACAGUCAAGCAAGUCUCUCUACCGCUGCUCCCUCCUCCAAGAUAAGCUUGCGCUCUGGGUCGGCAACGAAUUCGCUGGGUUGUCGGAUGUUGCGAUCAGUGCAGCGGAUGUAGAGUUGUACAUUCCCAUGCGAGGAAUGAUUCAGUCGCUGAACCUCUCGGUUGCUGCGGCAAUCUGCUUGAGUGAAAUUUGUCGUCAAAGAUCGCAGGAGAACGAUGGCGAGAGGUGGACGCUGUCGCAAGAGGAGCAGCAGAAGAUUGCGGCCGCCAUGCAGUACAGGAGACGCGGGUUCCGAGAGAACGUGAGCAAGGAGAAGCGUGCGAGGAUGGAGAAGACGUGGAGCUACCUGGUGCAGCAGUCGACCAAGGUAGAAGGACCCCUUGCGCAUGCUGAAGUCAAGUACGAGUAG